AUGCUCCCCCUCCUCCUCCUCUUCCUCGUGCCAGCGACCGCGCUGCCGCACUUGCAGACCCGCGCCGUGUCCGCAGCGAGCUGGAACUCGCUGGGGUGCGUCAAGGACGGCCCGGGGCGCCUCCUCCCCAAACAGCUUGCAGACUCGCAGGCCAACACGCCAGACGCGUGCGUCACGGCGUGCGCUGCACAGGGGUACCGUUAUGCCGGAGUCGAGUACUCGGCCCAGUGCUACUGUGGCAACACGCUCAGCCAGGCCAACGGCCUCGGUGCCGGUUCGAACGCAUGCACCUCGAAGUGCAGUGGCAACGCCGGCCUCACGUGUGGUGGCAGCUGGGUCAUGAACCUGUACGAGAACCCCCAGGUCCCGAAAUCGCUCGGCUGCUUCGCGGACGCCUCCAACCGCGUCCUGCCCGUGCGCGGGAACGCCAACACCGUCAGUGGCUGCGUUGCCGACUGCAAGAACCGCGGGCAGGCCUACGCGGGCAUGGAGAACGGUAACGAGUGCUGGUGUGGCGGCAGUCUGCCUUCCACCUCCGCCGACAGCUCAAAGUGCAGCUCGCAGUGCAGAGACGGUGCAUGUGGCGGCACGUGGGUGAUCAGCGUGUAUGCCACCGGCAGCAGCGGCGGCGCGUCGCCGUCCUCUUCGCCAGCACCGGUCACCACCCCGACCCAGCCAGCAGGAUCCAACCCCUCCUCCCCCGUCUCGGCCAACGCGCCCGCCUCGGCCGUGAUCGGCACCGCGAACCCGCCGUCCGCGGGCGGCGCCAAGGCCGUCUACGCGCACCAGAUGGUCGGCAACGCAUACUCGUACGCCGUGUCCGACUGGCAGACCAACAUCAACGCGGCCAAGGGCGCGGGCAUCGACGGCUUCGCGCUCAACCUCGGCACCGAGAACUGGCAGCGCGCGCGCGCCAACGACGCGUACACUGCCGCGGCGUCGCUGGGCGGGUUCAAGCUCUUCCUCUCGCUCGACCUCAACUCGCUGCCGUGCGCGAGCGCGGCCGACGCCAACACGCUCGCAGGCUAUGUCGCUGCGAACGCGCGCUCGCCGGCGCAGGCGACGCGUAACGGCAAGGUCCUCGUGUCCACGUUCGCCGGGCAGCAGUGUACCUUUGGCCAAGGUAACCUCGACGCCGGGUGGACGUACUUCCGCCAGCGGCUGCUCGCGGCCGGCGUGGACAUGUUCUUCGUGCCUGCGCCGUUCAUCGACGCCAACUCGAUCGGCCAGCGCAGCUGGCUCGACGGCGCGUUUAACUGGAACUCUGCGUGGCCUUCUGCCGGCGCACCCAUCGACACGGGCAGCGACAACACGUACCUCAACAGCCUCGGCUCCAAGUCGUACAUGGCCGCGGUAUCCCCCUUCUUCUUCACGUACUACGCCCCGCCGCCUGCCAGCCCCGGAUGGAACAAGAACUGGAUCUACCGCUCCGACGACUGGCUGCUCGCCACGCGCUUCGAGCAGCUGAUCGCGAUGCGCGGCAAGCUCGACCUCGUGGAGCUGAUCAGCUGGAACGACUACGGCGAGAGCCACUACCUCGGCCCGGAGGGCAAGGACAUCGCGUUCUCCGGCGGCUGGACGACCGGCUUCCCGCACACGGCGCUGCUUUCCUUGGUGAAGUACUACGCGCAGGCGUUCAAGAACGGCGCGUACCCCGCGGCCAGCGACCACGUGUGGCUCUGGAGCAGGCCGCACCCCAAGGCCGCGAACCCCACCAACCCGACCGACUCGCGCCCCGCCCACUGGGAGUGGACCGACGACAACCUCUAUGUGGUGGUCACGCUCGCGUCGCCCGCGACGGUCAGCAUCAACUCGGGUGGAAACACGGCCACUUGGAACCUGCCUGCCGGGCUGAGUAAGCUCAAGAUUGCCUCGGCGCAGGGCUCGAUCGGCGCGAAGAUUGUGCGCGGGAACAGCGUCGUCAAGAGCUACGAUUCCAACGGCCAGUUCAGCUACACCAACACACCCAAGGACUACAACUACAACUACUUUGUCGCCGAGGCGUAG